UUUUCUGGUUGAUUCCGGUUCAGGUCCACAGACCUCUACCCUAGAAGAGUGAGUCAGGGUCAGGUCUUCAAGAGGUGGAGGGAUUAAAUGGGGGAACUGAUCUUCCAAGGCUCCCCAAAUCUUGGAGCUUCACUCGCCAGACAUCCCGCGCUUUCCUGACAUCGCUUCCCCGAGUGGUGCAGCAGCGGAGAGCUUCGCUAUCCAGAGCAAGCAGGGAGGCGUGGCCACAGAGGUUUAGUCAAGCAGAGGAAGAGGAAAGUGGCCUCGGGGGAAGCCAGAGCUGACUGAAGUGCUCCUGGGAAGAACAAUUCAUUCAUUUGCUACCAAACCUGAUGCACCCUCAUUUGUCAAAGUUGGCACCAGGUGGGUGUCAGUGUCACACACAGGAGUAAAACUGUUCCUAGAGCAAAUGAUGACAAGAGAGCUGAAGGCGGAUGCAUGCUCGAGCCCCCAGAUGAGGGAUAUGUGGGAGACUAGUGGGUCUGUGAAAGAGAACCCCAGUCAGAGUAAGAAAUACAACAUGCAAAUAGAGAGUCUUGGUCCAGAGAGCGCUUGCAGGCACUUCUGGAGCUUUCGUUAUCAUGAAGCAACUGGACCGCUUGAGACAAUCAGCCAACUUCAGAAAUUAUGCCAUCAGUGGCUGAGGCCAGAGAUCCACUCAAAAGAGCAGAUCUUGGAAAUGCUGGUGUUAGAGCAAUUCCUGAGCAUUCUGCCGAAGGAGACCCAGAACUGGGUGCAGAAGCAUCAUCCACAGAAUGUCAAACAGGCUCUGGUCCUGGUGGAAUUCUUGCAGAGGGAGCCUGAUGGAACAAAGAAUGAGAUCACAGUCCAUGAGCUGGGAAAGAAGGCAGUGCUCUUGGGAAGAACAGCAGUGGCCCCAGGCUUCAAGUGGAAGCCAGCAGAGCCCCAACCAAUGGGUGUGUUCCAGAAAGAACAUUGGAAUACAUAUUGGGUACUACAAGAACAGCUGGGCUGCAACACUCACAAAGAAACCCAGCCUGUAUAUGAAAGAGCUGUGCAUGAUCAACAGAUGAUAGCCCUUUCUGAGCAGAAAAGCAUCAAAGACUGGAAUAUGGCAUCUGAACUCAUCCUGCCUGCAUCCCAGAGUUUGUUGACAUUUGAAGAUGUGGCUGUGUAUUUUUCUGAGGAAGAAUGGCAAUUGUUGGAUCCUCCUGAGAAGACGCUCUACAAUGAUGUAAUGCAGGAUAUCUAUGAGACUGUCAUCUCUCUAGGGUUAAAGCUAAAAAGUGACACUGGAAAUGAUCAUCCUGUAUCUGUUUCUGCAUCAGAAAUGCAAACACCAGGCUGCAAAGUAUCAAAAAACACCAGAAUGAAAAUUGCCCAGAAAACAAUGGGCAGGGAAAAUCACGGUGAUACACACAGGGUGCAGAAAUGGCAUCGAGCUUUUCCAAGGAGGAAAAGAAAGAAACUUGCAACUUGUAAGCAAGAGUUUCCAAAACUUAUGGAUCUUCCCAGGAAAGGCCCCACAGGGGAGAAACCUUUUAAAUGUCAGGAAUGUGGGAAAAGCUUCAGAGUUAGCUCUGAUCUUAUUAAGCACCAGAGAAUUCACACUGGAGAGAAACCCUAUAAAUGUCAACAAUGUGACAGGAGGUUUAGAUGGAGUUCAGAUCUUAAUAAGCACUUCAUGACCCAUCAAGGAAUAAAACCAUAUAGAUGCUCAUGGUGUGGGAAGAGCUUUAGUCAUAACACAAAUCUACACACACACCAAAGAAUUCACACAGGAGAGAAGCCCUUUAAAUGUCAUGAAUGUGGAAAAAGAUUCAUUCAGAACUCCCACCUUAUUAAACACCAGAGAACUCACACAGGUGAACAGCCUUAUACGUGUAGCAUAUGCAAGAGAAACUUUAGUAGGCGGUCGAGCCUUCUUAGACACCAGAAACUCCACAGAAGAAGGGAAGCAUGUCUAGUGUCUCCAAACUGAGGAAAGUUACCAUGUAGAGCUUCACCUUAAAAGUGAUGAAAGAAUAUGAAAUUAUGAGGCACUCAAUGAUAGGAAUGUGUUAUCAAUAGAACAUUUGGGAAGUGUACAUGCUACACUUCACAAAAAGGAAUCUAAGCUGUCUGUCUUAUUCAGCAUUGCAUCUUCUGUGCCUAGCACAAGAGUGAUACAUAAGGAGUAUUUUAUAAAUAAAAAAAAUGAAAGUGUAGUGAUGAGAUUUUUUAGCUAUCUAUCUAUAUGUAUGUAUCUGUUAUUCAAAGCUUCCCCACCCCCAGUCAUCUAAAUUUUUCAGGUAUCAGGUGCUCAACAGAUAUAUGAUGGUCAAGGCUCUUAGUCUCAUUCUUUAUUGUUUGUCAGGAGAGAUGGAAAAUAAGAGUACACCGAAAGUUAAGUAAAUAAAUUUAAAAAAAAUUCAAGCAUGCACACACACACACAC